AUGCUGGUGCCACAAGAGAAAACAUUCGAUGUGGCGAUUGUUGGUGCAGGCCCAGCAGGACUAAUUGUGGCGGCCUGGAUGGCGAUUGCGAAUGUCAAGACAAUACUCAUAGACAAGAACGCAUCCCCUCCGCCCUAUGGACAUGCUGACGGUCUGGAACAACGAAGCUUUGAAAUUUUAGAUGCAUUCCACCUCGGACAUGAUAUCUGGCAAAGCGCUCACAAGACUAUUCAAGUUGCAUACUGGGCUACUCUAGCUCAAGGCCGUAUAGAGGAGCGACUCAUCGCCUUUUUAAGGCAGCAUGAGAAUGUAGAGAUUCUUCGAAACCAUUACCCAAUCGACAUGCAUCGAAGGGGGAUCAUGGAAUGCACAUCCGGUCUCGUUAUUUGCUUGGUAGUGAUGGUGCCCAUAGUUGGGUCCGAAAACGCCUGGGUCUUGAAAUGCAAGGCGAAGCUACCCAGGAUCAUUGGGGCGUCUUGGAUUGCGUUCCAAUUACAGAUUUCCGUAAGAGAGCACUACUCGCUGCCCCAUCACGCAAAGCUAAUAUUGCGCCAAGCGGAUAUACGAAAGCGCUGCAUCAUCCACUCGCCAGCUGGAAACGCCAUGAUCAUCCCUCGCGAGCGACGCCUUGUUCGUUUCUAUGUCGAGCUUUGCAGACGGCCAGACGAGGGCGAGAAGUAUGGAGCGGAAGAAAUACUUGGCAAAAUCGUUGAGAUGUUAAAGCCAUAUCAUUUUUCAACGCAAAUUGUGGAAUGGGAAAGUACCUACUCAGUCGGGCGGAGACUCUGCAUGGGCUUGUCCACACGUGAUGUUGUCUUUCUAGCAGGCGACGCUAUUCAUACUCACUCCCCCAAAGCUGGGCAAGGGAUGAACACAAGCAUGCAAGACGCCUUUAAUCUCGGAUGGAAGUUGGCUUACGUGGUGCGAGGAAUGGCUUCUUCAAAAAUUCUUCACACCUACCAACAAGAACGGGCACCGAUUGCUGAGCGAUUACUGAAAUUUGAUGAAGAGAUAUACAAUGCUAUUUCGGAUAAAUGCCACGGUAAUGAUACAAGCGGACUUCUGGCCACAUUGGCAAAAGAGAAUACAUCCGCUUCUGGACUGAGUAUCGAGUAUGGUAGCAACCUACUCGUCAGCGACACUCCACACCUGAGCUCGGUCUUUUUGAAGCUUGGAUCAAGGUUGCCAGAUUUACAUGUCCUCAAUCACAGUGACGGGCACACCUGGAGUGUGCACUCACUUCUAAACGUUUCAGGUUCGUGGAGCUUGUUGAUUUUUGGAGCUGACCUGGCCGAUAAAGGUCAAAUGCAGCGUCUCCAGACAUUAGCGACAAAGCUAUCUAUGCAGCAUUCUACCAUACAGCGAAUUAAUCGACGCAGCAAGCAACUAAGCUUUGGUGGCAUUCGGCCUUAUUUGAUUUACUCAACGAUAAAGGAUGGAGUAAAUUUACACAAAGUUUCGAGUCUAUUUUUCCCAAACGAAGGUGCGCUUGGCUUUGCGUAUGACAGGAUAUUUGCUGAUCCUGCUGAUGCCACGGUAUUAAAGCAGGGGGAAAUGAAUCUUCACCAAACGUUGGGCAUAUCUCGCGCAGGCGGUAUGAUCCUCAUCCGUCCGGAUCAUCACAUAGCCUUUGGUGGGACACUGGAAGAAGAUUUAGCGCUUGACGAUUUCCUUUUAAGAUUUUGGCUCCUUGAGUGA